AUGUCCAUUUCUGAAGGUUCGCCGCGUCGACGAUUGUUCUCAACCGGUGGAAUUGGUGAUGCGUAAGUUCUUGCGCAAUUUUAUGAGGUUUUCGAUGUCAUUUCGUAACUGUUUCUUUUGGAAUUUUACGGAAAAUCAAGGGGUUUUGACUUUUUUCGACAUGGAUAACAUUUUGGCUUAUUUUUUGUCCAGAAAGGUUUAAAAACUGAGCGAGAGUUCUUUGUACAGCUAAAGAAACAUCUUGACCGUUUAUUUUUAGUUUUUUCAACUGUUAAAACAUCCAAAAUUGUUAUGGUUUUUGACCUUAUUCAUCAAGACCUCAUGUAUAAUAUUUUUAGUAUCGAUUAUGUCUCAAACGCUUCCGGAAGAAGUUCAGAUGGGUUCCAUUGCCAUGAGCUGACCAGUGAGCAGGUGGAGACGAAAAAGCGAGCCAUUCGAGUGCUUUGGGCCAGCGUGGUGGUCUGUAUGUUGUUCAUGAUCUGUGAGAUUGUUGGUGGAUGGUGGGCCGCGAGUUUGGCCAUUAUCACAGAUGCGGCUCAUUUGGUAAGUUGUGAAAUUUAAAUUGGGAAGGGGUUUGACAGUUUCUGUUGAUUAAUUCUUUAUGUUUUGGCUUGUUUUAUAUUGCACUAGACAUUUUCAGCUAACAGAUCUGGCCAGCAUGCUGAUAUCUCUGUUUUCUCUGUAUCUGGCGUCGAGGCCAGCCUCUCAGCGAAUGAGCUUUGGUUGGCAUCGAGCUGGCAAGUUUUUUCCAGCAAAUUAUUUUAUCUUUUCGGAUAUUUUUAUAUCAUUUUUGCGAAGUAAAUGUUGAUAAUUGUUUUAGAAGUUGUUGGAGCUUUCGUAUCCGUCUUCAUGAUCUGGGUGGUCACGGGUAUCUUGGUGUAUUUGGCAAUCGAGCGAAUUAUCAGUGCCAAGUACGAAAUAGACGGUGAGAUUAUGGCAAUUACUGCGGCAAUUGGUGUUGGCGUAAAUAUUAUGUAAGUUGGACGUGAAUUUGAUAAAAAAAUGAUGGGAUUUAUGGGCUAUACAGUAAAGUUAUUUCUACAAUGGGAAUGAACUAUAAUUCUGUUGGGAAAAUACAGUGGCUUGGCAAAAAAAAAACUUACCAUUUUGCAUCCGAGAAGUAUCAGAAAUGUUGCAAAAUACCUCCCUCUCAGUUUUUUUUCACUUGGAGAGGGGGGCAUUUUGCUACAUUUUUGCUGCUUCCCGGAUGCAAAAUGGUACUUUUUUCAUUGGAUCAGGUCCGCCACUCUAAUCUGGAUUUGCCGCUCGGCGAUAAUGGUCGAUUUCCACGCGCGACGAAUCCACAUUAUUUUUCCGACAGACUGAUAAAACAAAAAUAUCGUCAAUUUUCAGCAUGGGUCUUCUCCUCUAUUGUGGCGGGCACGGCCACAGUCAUCUCGGCGGCGGCCACAACCAUUCCCACCCGCCCACGGAACGGACCUCCCUCCUCCGGUCUGCGAGUGGCACCAGUAAUGGCUACGCACCAAUUGAAGAAGAUGCGGAGCACAACAGCGACGAGAAACGCGGCCCCGAAGUGAAUAUCAACGUCCGCGCCGCCUUUGUUCACGUUUUGGGGGACCUGUUGCAAAGCUGUGGGGUCCUGGUAGCCGCUUUGAUCAUCUUGUGGAAGGUAAGACGGUUUAGAAGAUAAAAAAAAUUUUGAUUUUAGCCACAAUGGGGUAUUGUCGACCCAAUUUGCACCCUGAUUUUCUCCGUCAUUGUCAUGUGCACCACUUUCUACAUUAUUAGAGAUGCAUUGGUCGUUCUUUUGGAAGGUAAGAGUCAUGGUUAAUAUAAUUUUUUUGUUUAAUUUUUAGGAAGACCCUCUUCAAUCGACUUCAGCAUUGUUUUCAAGUCCUUGGAGAGCAUCGAAGGCGUCAAAAAGGUCCACAAUCUCCGCAUCUGGGCCCUCACCAUGAACAAGAUCGCGCUUUCUGUGCAUUUGGAAAUUGAUCCCGACACUGAUGCUCAAGCCGUCCUCAAAGCGACCAGUCUCAUGCUCAAACAGAAAUUCGGCGUCCACGAAUCCACCAUUCAAAUUGAGGACUUCCAGGCCGAUUCCGCCGAGUGCAAUGAAUGCCAGCCGCCAGUUGCCUAA